GGGCCUGUCCCCUCCCCGCUCCCAGGGAGGGUGGGGAAGCUGACAUGUAGGGGAGUGAGGCUAGUCCAGAUCUCUCCCCUAGCUGCAGGAAGAGAGCAGACGCUGCUGAGUCACUCCUGUGUAUAAGCAAGCGCCAGGGAAUCAGAGCAGCGCAGACCCCAGCAGGAGUCCUGGACAGGUCACAGGGUCCAGGACAAGCUGUUCAGAGGCUGGGCGUUUUCCAGGUUAACAGCUCCAGAGCUCAGCAAAAGAAUGUUUUCCCUCCUGCUCGCUCUUUCUCUGCUGGAGUGGGAGGCGGCGGCCGGCCUGACAGACAGAGCAGCUCCAGCUGCGCUGGGGGAUUUCACAGCUCUUUUCCAGCUGGCCCAGCAAGACCACUGGGAAAACAACAUUAAUCUUACCAGCAUGUCCUGUGAGGAUCUGAGGAACAAGACAUGGACCCACUUGCAUCUGAACAACAACAGCCUGCAAGCCUUCCCUGCCUGCCUGCCUGGGGGACUGGAGGCCUUAGACCUCAGCACCAACCAGUUGCCUACGCUGAGUGGCGUGGAGAUAGUGAACUUCCCAAAGCUGCGUGCCCUCUCCUUGAGGCACAACCACAUCCAAGAAGUUGUGUGGGGAACCAGAGCCCUCAGUAGCCUCCAGUUCCUGGACCUAAGCACUAAUAAAUUGUCCUCUCUGCCAUCAUGCCAGACCGCCCACCUGCCAAACCUGAAGUGGCUGUCGCUGGCCGGAAACCCCAUCACUGAACUCCAGCCUCUGGCUUUCUCCUGUUAUCCACAGCUACAGUUCCUGAACUUGUCUGCCACUCUGCUCGGGCGUGGGAAUGGCGGAGGGAUUAGCGCAUCAGCCUUUGCAAUGAACAUGCUGAAGGGGGACACCGGGAACAGAGCUAGGAGCACCAUUGACAUGCUUGACUUGAGUGGGACCUUUCUCGAGAAAAUUCAGCAGGAGUGGGCCCAAGACUUGGUCAGCCUUAGGUCGCUCCACCUUGCAAGGAUGGCCCAGCUGAAGAGCUUCGAUAUGGAUCUAUCCAAGUCUCUGCCCAGGCUGAGAGAACUGAAUUGCCAGGACUCCCGUGCGCUGAGCAGGGUGAGGACGGAGCUAUUUGACGAUGCUUCUCACCUGACCUUUCUCACCUUCCAGAACUGUAACCUGAGUUCCUUUAAUCCUUGGAAUAUCAACUCAUCAGGUAGCAUCAGCAUCAACCUGUAUGGAAAUCCUUUAGAGUGCAACUGUGGACUUUCCUGGCUACUUUCUGAUCCGAAGAGAGUUGUACUGCAAAGGGCAUCUGACACCAUUUGCAACACAGCCCCAGAAGACGGAGAGAUGCCUUCAUCCUCAUCGUCUCUUUCGCUGUUACAACUCUAUGAUGAAUGCCAGGCCAAGAGAAACAUCACAUUCCCCACAUCAAACACUCCUCCUCUCACAGAAGACUCUUCCAACCUUCCCAUUAUCGAUUCCACUACUGUGGCAGCAACGAUGGACUCUACUCCAUUUGCUGAAGAACUUUACAGCAACUCCUUGGCGCCACGAAACAUGGUAAGUAUGACGCAAACAGCUCAGAUGAAGAAUGAUCCCACAAGUGUGGACGUUUUUUCCAAAUCUACUACCGAUCCCACUACUGAAGAAACAGCAGCCACCUCUUCAACAAUUCGGGGAGAGCUUUAUAGCGACUCCUUAACUCAGCAAAGCACUGUGAGUACAAUCAAAACAGAUUCAUUGAGGAGAAAUGCCACAACGACCACUGCUCUGUUCCACCAAGAGGAAACAUUCUACCAGUCUACUAAUAACACUUCCACUGAAGCGACAGGACCAACAGGGACAAACUCUCCUCUUUUUCCUGGCAUAGUAAGUCCAUCUCAGACAGAUCAACGGCCGCAAAACCCCACAAAGGCAAACCCUAUUCCAAAUCCUACCCAUGCUGUAAUACAAGUGGAUUAUGUAGAUGACUAUUACGAUGAUGAUCAACCAAAGGAAACCACAGUUCAACUGAUAAUAAUCUCUUGUGACUACGACCCCUGCCACCACCUCCAGAAGCCAUGCUCUGAACUUCAGAGGUUGUCCCCAUGUCUGUGUCCUGGAGUGUCUGGAGAAGACACUGUUCCGGAUCCACCAAGACUCAGAGAAGUAUCUGAAAUGACAGACACAUCAGCACAGAUCCACUGGUGUGCCCCCAGUUCAGUCGUUGAUACUUAUCAGCUUGCAUAUCACGCAAAAGGCAGCGAGAAGAGCCAGACCCUGGUGGGUGACAUCUAUCCCACAGCGAGGCAGUACACACUGUACAAACUGUCACCAGACACCACCUAUUGGGUGUGCGUGAUUGCUUCUAACAAAGCAGGAUCGAGCCAGACGAUGAGUGAGAAGAUUUUGGGCAAUCCAUGCACCCAGUUUACAACAAAACACAGCUAUAAAUCCAUCUUUGCGGUCUUGUCCCUAGCAAGUGGGGUCUUCCUAAUCACCACCAUCGUAUUGUCUGUGUGCCUGUAUCAGAAAUGUAAAAAGCCUCACGCUGAGCAAUAUGGCACACACCUCAUCUCUUAUAAAAACCCAGCAUUUGAUUACCCCUUAAAACUGCAGCCAUGUAAUUAGUCCCAGGUAGCUUUGUCAACAUCAACAUCUUAUAGCAAAACAUCUAAGUGGAAUCCAGCUGCUCACUUGGUUAGGAGUUCCUCAGAGGGUUGACUUCAUCCAAGUUGUAAUUCCAAUGAAAUUACAUCAGGCACAUCUGUGGCUCCGAAUGCUUUGUUUUGUUACAACAGGACACCACCUGGCUUGUUUCUGAGAUCUCUAUUUUCCAUUUCCAAAGAUCUGUGUUUGGGGUGAAGUUUCUCUUUUUAUUAUAAUGUAUAAUUAUUUUCUGGCAGCUGAGGGGGAGGUCCCAGUGAGGAUGAUUUUAAAAUGAAGUGGGGGGGAGGGAUGGGGGGGAUAGGGGUGGCACAACCUGAUGUGGAAGGAGGAAGAGGCAUAGUCCUGAAGUUCCUUGGCUAUAGUGCUUCUCUAACCUAAUCUAACAUGAUGUUGAAGCACCCAGAAAGCCCUGAUAGAAAUAAUCCCUAGCAUGUAUAUAGUGCCUUUCAGAGGUAGAUAUCAGUGUUUUACAAAGGCACAAGGGUUUAUAGAUUUUAAAACCAGAAGGGACCGGUAUGAUCAUCUAAUCAAGCCUCCUACAAAACAGUGACCACAGAAUUUUGUCCUGUGAUUCCUGCAUCAAGCCCCUAAUUUCAGGUGGAAAAACAUCCAUCAUAUCACUAUCCCCCUUGUACAGAUGGGGAAAUUACCAAGAGGAAUGGCUAGAUUUUUUUUAAAAAAGGUCUUUAGGUGCCUAAAGGUGCCGACAGCUUUUGAAAAUCCCUGUAGGCCCCUAUCUGCAUCAUUAAGCACUUAAAGACCAUUAAAAAAGAUGGCUCCACAGCCCUAUUUAGGUGCCUAAAUAGCAAUGCCCUCUUUAUCAGAAAAUCUGUACACAUACAAAUCCGCUUGCACCUUUGAAAAUCAGUCUAGCUUACUUAGGAGCCUCGCUGUGGAUUUAAGAGCCUACCUUUAGGCACCCAGGAUUGGAAAUGUGGACCUUUGGGUUUUUUGUUUAAAUACCUACUCAGCCCCAAACACUUUUCUUGAAAGUGUCACCAUCCUGCCUUAUUAGUGCAUGUCCCUGGGACUAGGUCUACAAAAUAGCUGGCUGGGGCAACAGGGGCUCAGUUGGGAUUGUACUUGGGUAACUAGACUGAGCCAUGCUGCCAUGGCCACACUGUUGUUAUUAGACUCUAGCAGAGUACACUUGUGUACAUUUACCUGAAGUGAACAUUACAGCUGCGGUGUACCUGUACAUGUCUUCCAGCAAAACUAGCGCUCACCAGACUUUACAUCCCUCAUAGAAGCAGAAAAAAGAGCAACAAGAAAAAAAAAUCCUGUCAGUCUUUUAUAUGCUAUAAAGAAACAAAAAUGACCACAAGCCCAUUUUAAAAAAACUUUUGCAGAUCACCUUUAAAUAGCCUAGGUGGUAUUUUGUGCGUUAAGAUGCUGCCAUGCUGGUUUUGCUUCCAUCUUAUUAUUCCACUACAGCAUGCUCCUCUCAAUACAGAACAUACAUAGCUGUAAGUGAGGGUUUGUACAGGGGCAAAAGGGCAUGAGUGUAAACUCUGAGAUUUUUGCUGUUGGAGAUGGUUUGAACUCAAUAGAAAAAUGUAAUUGAAAAACAAAUGAUUGAAAAUGAAGGGUGGGAACGGUCUUGCGGUCCUCGAUUGAGAGGGGCCACACACCCACAAUGCCAGCCAACCGCAGUGGGAAUGGCAAAUGUGCAGCACCACUCAGGAUCCAGCCCCUUAAGAACAAGAUGUAAAGAUUUAAUGAAUUAAAAAAAAAGUAUAUUAUAAGCUCCUUGGGGCAAGGACAGUCUUUCUGUUCCAUGUUUGUACAGCGCCUAGCACAGUGGGGGGUUCUGGCCCAUGAAUGGGGCUCCGAGGUGCUAUCACAAUACAAAUAAUAGAAAGAAUGUUGUAUGGAGUCUCCAAAAUGAAAGUAAAUGGCUGCAAUUAUAACAUGGGUCUCAAUCAUUCCACCAUCAAAAGAACAAAACAAGCAAGUUAGCACCAUGUUAAAUGAUCAAAGCCUUGGAUUAAUCUGCAAAGUUAGUAGACUAGUGAUAUUGAGGUUGACUGGGACUGUCAUUAUUAUACUGAGGGAGAUAACUGAGUAUCAGUGCGGGUAGUGUGGGUAAAGGUUGAGAUAAGUUCUUAAAAACUGAGAUCCUGUCCACUCCAGUGGACAUUUAGGAUGAGAUUUUCCAAGAUACCUAAGGGAUUUAGAUUCCAAUUAAUUUAAUUUACACAGGAAAUGGGCAUCUAAAUCACUUAAGAAGCUUUGAAAAUCUCAGCCUUAAAUCACCCAAGGCCCUGUUCACAAGAGACUGGAGUUAUCCUUCUGUCUUGACCAAGUAUUUCUCUCCCAUGCUUGUUGUUCAGGAUUGCAAGUGUUCAUUAACAGCCCUUCAUCCUAGAGGUGGCUAUAUAUCAGGGGUGCUGUAUGAAUAUAAUCUGCGAAGCCCAUCUCUUUUCACAGUAGUUUUGGAGCAUACAAUAAAGUAUCAUUUUUAUUCUGGUACACUAGCAUGUGCUCUGAUGUCAAUAUUGUUGGGUUUUCAUUCUGUAUCACAAGCAUUAAUAUAUUUACUAGUGCCUGCCACCACUUUGGGUCCCAAUUUUUUCUCUCCUGCUCCACUCCAGCUGCAGUUAAUGCUUGGCACCAAUUUUUGAUAACUACCCUAUGCCUUGGAGAAUACCUUUUAUACCACUCUGAGUCACUGAGGUCAGUUAUCCUCAUUAACUUUCCAUAAACCAAACCUAUAUUAAAGGUGACUUGCAAAUAGAAAAAUACGGAUUGUGCUCUUUUGCAUCUAUGAUAUAGAAAGGAAGCAUGAAUCAUAAUUUUAAUUUUUUCAGGCAUCAUCAGCAAAAUGGAAAAUUUAAAAACCUGCAAACUAAGGUUUCCUACUAUCUUUAAAGUUUAAUUUUUUUAAAUCUGUUCCACACUAACAAUUCUUUAUAGAUUAGGCUGAUGUUGGCUCUACUUGUUCCAAGAACAUACAGCAUCAAGACCUAAAUAACUACUUGUCUGCAGGGAGAGUUUAAACUAUUUCCCCCUGUCAAUCCAAUCUCUCAUGAAAAGAGUGAACUUAAAACAAACCCAGGCAGCAUUAAACUGUUUUUCACCACCGUGCAACAUGGAAAUGUAGCCUAUAACUGUGCCACUGUAGGGGGUCACUAUUUGUUCAGACUCUUCACUUGCAGAAUGUACCAAUAAGGACAGAUUUCAUCCUGACAAAUACAGCCAUUUGAACUCAGUUGCUUUUCAGAUGUAUGGCCCAAGCUCAUUAUUUUUGCACAACAACGAGCUGGGAUGCAGAGUCCAUGAUUGUUCUCAUGGGUAAGAUGGAGUAUCAUUUCUGUACCUUACCUAUGUUUUAUUAGAAGCAGUUAAUAUCCAGAAUAAACCAGUGAGGACAGAAGGAGCAACUAAUGUAUAUGCUAGAAACAGCCAACAGCUCUGCACUGUUUAACUACUUCAUUUAAUAUAAAUACCUUGGACACACAACUCCAAGUAACUGUACAAUAAGCUAAAUACAAAGACAAGUCAUGAAACGGUGUAGCCAUUUUAUUCAUAAAUGUGCUGAGGCACCUGCAUGCUGACAUGAUCCUUCAACAGCCUCAACACUAUGAACAACAUAUUCAGGUGUACCUCACUAUACUUGAGAUGGUGGUAAUGAACAAAAAAAGGAAUAACCUGAAUGGACUUUGUCAUCUCUCCAUUUUAAAAUUGUGUUCCUGAAGAAAUACCAUACUCCCAAUUAACUAAACAUGCAUGUUAAGAAAAAACAUUUUAUAUGAUUUGCUUUACAUUUAUCCUUCCGUUGUACAUAAGACAGAUCUGGACUGCUAUACAUGGUGAUAGCUAAGAGACAGGUAUUGAAUAAAAAUUAAACAUUGUCUGUGUACCAUUUCUAUACAAGUUAAAAGAUAAAAAAUUUAAAUGUUUUAUAUACACACCUACAACUACACCCCCUCAAAAUCAUUAUCUAAUAAAUUCACUUUUGGUGAUAGAGCACCAUAGUCCAACUAUUUUUCAGUUACUUUACCUCCUGACACCUCAAUUCUUUGCUACUACAUGCAAAACACACCAUACCUGGCGCCAAAGUAUUUAAUAAGUAGAUUUCAUUACUGUUAAUAUGAAAUCUCUUGUCUUAUACUUUUUGUGGCUAUCAGAGUAUAAGCAAGGAACAGGCAUUUAAUUCUGUAACUUUAAAUAGUUUUGCCCUAUUCUUUGAUCACAGGUGGUAAAUUGAGAUCAUAGCAAUCCCUGAUGAACAACGCAGUCAAAGAUAUAGGAGAAUCAUGCACAAAAUAUGCAGCUUUAACGGUUUCUAAUUAAUCCAGUGAUUUCGAAAAGCAUUUAAAAUGCCUUGAUUUUUCUCAGUUCUAUUUACGCUGACAUUUCUGCUCCAAGAUGAUCUCAAAGUGACCAAGCAGGUUUUAAAACAGCACAGUAUAGCUCACACAGGAAGUUCAGUGCCUUGGUUUCUCAACCACUACCAACUAGCAGUACUAGAAACACGCUUCUAUUUAAGAACUCGAUUUAUCUACAUCUGACACUACACCAUGAGCCCUAAUGUCACUAGAAUCUUCUCUCUGGGGACAGAUUCUCUUCAGUAAAAAUACCAAGAUCACUAACUCUGAAAUACUGUAUGGACUGUAUUAUUCAUAUCACAAUGAAGAUUUAAAAACUUGAGGGAAAAGAGGCUCACUUUGCUGUAGCUCACGAAAGCUUAUGCUCAAAUAAACUGGUUAGCCUCUAAGGUGCCACAAGUCCUCCUGUUCUUUUUACAUUUCUGAAGGUAUCAUUCCCUAGUGAUUUAAUGCUUUCCUUUGCAGCAAACUAUAAUAUUUAGUAAAUCCUAAUAAGUGAUUCUGUCUUGUGACAGUAUAACUCCAUGUGUACUAGAUCUGAAAAGAAAAGGGAGCUUCGUCAGCACACUAUUAGAAUCUAAUAUACGAUCCAAUUCUGCAUGAAGCAUGCAAACUUUAGCUUCUGAAAAGCAAUAUAAAAAGAGAUACAAGAUUCAAAAUGCAGGACAGCUACUGGUGACUUAAAAGUGCCUUUAAGAACAUUGUGAUUUUAUUUAACAAUUAUAUUUUUAUUUAUAACUUUCAAAAAUACAUUGAAAAUUCAAUACAUUUACAGUACAUGAUCAGACUUCACUUUUACUUCAUAUCAGUCCAAUUGUGAUGACAUGGUUUGAAUUGAAAAAACUGUCCUAAGGAAAAACACUGAGUUCUUAUUCAUAGGCCAGUUAUAUUGUCCUUUACAGUAUAGAAAACAGUGAUGUGAUGAGAUGGUCCUUUCUAUAACACUUCAUUUGUUGUUUAUUACCUGGACUGUUUUCCGACCAUAAUGAUAAUAACUGUAUGCAGACGUUGCUGUUGUGAAAGCUGUAAUGCACCUUUGGGGGGAAAAUGGUUAAUAUAAAUUAGUUACUUUGUGCCUAAAUAUUUGAAUAAUGCCCCAAGCUGUAUUUGAAAUGGUUUCCCUAUUCUUUGCUACAAUCUGAGUGUGUAUAUUAUGGGACUUCCUAUGCUAGUCACAGAGACUGAGGUCAAAGGCUGAAGAAAGUGUGAUUAAGAAAAUUCUCACCCUCCCCUUCUCAUUUUAAUGACUAACUCUGAUUGUAAACAACAAAUAUCAUAUUCAAAACUGAACCACACUGCAAAGCAAAGCGUAUUCACAUAAGCAAGCUUCAUUGUUCAAUAGUCUGCUUCACCACAGAAAUCAUCAUGUACUGGGCUGAAUUCUUAAUCCAGUUAUACUUGUGACAGAAAAGUGGGGGACGAAUCUGGCUCAGUGUAUCUGCAGUAUGCACAGUGUUCACCAACUUGAGAACUGGCUGACACUACUUCCAAGAGGUUUUUGUUAGCUUGUUUUUAAAUAUAUGCAUGACAACUACUAACAAACCCCCGCUCCCCCAAGAAAACAAACUAAAAUCAAGAUAAUAAUUCUUGCUUGCUACAUCUUAAAAUAUACAUAAUGCUACUGUUUCAAUCAAUUGCACUCUGAUGAUGGCUACACAAGCAACAGUCAAAUCUCUAUUCUAAAAACUAGUAUAAUCUAAUUUGUUUCUAUAGUUCGCUUAGAGGCCAUGUGAAUGGCCUCUUGUGAGACCUUUUAAAAAAUCCCGUUAAGUUAUAUCUACUAGUUCUCCUUUAUUCACUGUUCUGUUAACUUUUAAAGAAUCCUAAUAUGUGAGAGCAAAAAUGCCUUUUACAGAAGCUAUCCCAGUUUGUUUCCAUAUAAUAUCAGCUUUUAAUAAGUAUAUUUUUCAACAUAUUUACCUGGUUAUUGAAAUAAAGGUUACUUUACCUGGUUAUUGAAAUAUUUUUACCUGGUUAUUGAAAUAAUUCCUCAGAACCUUUUUAAAAAUAGGUAUACUGGAUCCAUCAGUCCUUUAGUAUAGUUCCUAAUAGCAGAUUGUGUAUUUCUAUUAACUGCUCAGCCACUUCAUUCUUAUAGUAAGUUCCUUUAGAAUUCAUGGAAAAAUACCAUCUAGUCUGAUCACUUGUCGCAAUUUAAAUUAUAAAUUUUUUCUAAACAUCCUAAAUGGACAGUCUCUCACCUUUAUACCUGAAAAUAGCUGCGACAGACUUGGCAAUUUCCUGCAAUAUCUUUGGGAGAUCUUGCUAUAUUAAGUUUAUGUAUCAUGCGGCAGGGACUGUAUGCAAUUUCACAGAGAAGGGAAACCACAGCUCCUCCAGGAACAAAGAACAGUAAGGGUGAUUAGGCAAAUUCACUAAGGUUGUAACACCUCCGGAGAAGUACCACACCACCUAGAAAGGCUCAUACACACUAGUUCAAACUGGAUUCACCAGAGACCAACUGACAAAGAAAGGACUUUGGGAUGACCAGCCUUGAGUUUAAACUGACUCAGGGCCUUCUUUCUGAUGCAGCAAACUGUCCAAGGGGAGUCCCAAUUCUUCCUGGGAAAGCUUGAAAGGAUUUUGGCCUACCGAGGCCCUGUAAGAUUGAUAAGUAACUUUUGGUGAGCUUUUAGCAUGUGCAUAAGGACUAUUAUUGUUUUUUUAUGGUUUCUCUGUAAUGCUUUCUCUGUAAUGCUUUCACCUUAAGAAUAAAUGUGCUUGCUGCUGAA